GUCCCCGUCGCGGCCCGGGUGCUCGCCCCGGCUCGCCCACCCGGUGCGGAGCUCGCUAUGGCGGCCACUGACCUGGAACGCUUCUCGAAUGCAGAGCCAGAGCCUCGGAGCCUCUCCCUUGGGGGCCACGUGGGCUUCGACAGCCUCCCGGACCAGCUGGUCAGCAAGUCGGUCACACAGGGCUUCAGCUUUAACAUCCUUUGUGUGGGGGAGACUGGCAUUGGCAAGUCCACACUGAUGAACACGCUCUUCAACACGACCUUCGAGACUGAGGAAGCCAGUCAUCAUGAGGAGUGUGUGCGCCUGCGGCCCCAGACCUAUGACCUUCAAGAGAGCAAUGUGCACCUCAAGCUGACUAUUGUGGACGCUGUGGGCUUCGGGGAUCAGAUCAAUAAGGAUGAGAGUUACAGGCCCAUAGUCGACUACAUCGAUGCGCAGUUUGAAAACUACCUACAGGAGGAGCUGAAGAUCCGCCGCUCCCUCUUCGACUACCAUGACACGAGGAUCCACGUCUGCCUCUACUUCAUCACGCCCACAGGGCACUCCCUCAAGUCCCUGGAUCUGGUGACCAUGAAGAAGCUAGACAGCAAGGUGAACAUUAUUCCCAUCAUUGCCAAGGCUGACACCAUUUCCAAGAGUGAGCUCCACAAGUUCAAGAUCAAGAUCAUGGGCGAGCUGGUCAGCAAUGGGGUUCAGAUCUACCAGUUUCCCACUGAUGACGAGGCUGUUGCCGAGAUUAACGCAGUCAUGAAUGCACACUUGCCCUUUGCCGUGGUGGGCAGCACCGAGGAGGUGAAGGUGGGGAACAAGCUGGUCCGAGCACGGCAGUACCCUUGGGGUGUGGUGCAGGUGGAGAAUGAGAACCACUGCGAUUUUGUGAAGCUGAGGGAGAUGCUGAUCAGAGUGAACAUGGAGGACCUCCGAGAGCAGACCCACAGUCGGCACUAUGAGCUCUACCGGCGCUGCAAGCUGGAAGAGAUGGGUUUCCAGGACAGCGAUGGUGACAGCCAGCCCUUCAGCCUGCAAGAGACCUACGAGGCCAAGCGCAAGGAGUUCCUGAGUGAGCUGCAGAGGAAGGAGGAAGAGAUGAGGCAGAUGUUUGUCAACAAAGUGAAGGAGACGGAGCUGGAGCUGAAGGAGAAGGAGAGGGAGCUCCACGAGAAGUUUGAGCACCUCAAGCGGGUCCACCAGGAGGAGAAGCGCAAGGUGGAGGAAAAGCGGCGGGAACUGGAGGAGGAGACCAACGCCUUCAACCGCAGGAAGGCCGCGGUGGAGGCCCUGCAAUCCCAGGCCUUGCAUGCCACCUCCCAGCAGCCUCUGAGGAAGGACAAGGACAAGAAGAAAUCUUGACCCUCAGCCUGGGAUGCCACAAACUGAAGCGAAUUCUCUGCUUUGCUCGUCACAAAUGCCAAACUGACUGCCCUUUCCCAGCGUCCAACUUGCUGUCUUUUGUUUCUGUUUGAUUUGGUCGUCUGCGUAGCUUUUAAUGUGUCUGUUUUUGUUUUGUUUGUUUUAUUUUUAUUUUUCAGUUAACGCACGCACAGACUUACAUGUCAAGAGCGGACUUUAGACUUUCAUGUGUUAAGUUGCUUGAGUUACACCUUGUGACCCUUCUUCUCCCAUAACAUGGUGUGAGGACGGACUGGGAGCUGGUACAGACUCCAGUGUUUACAGCCUUGCUUUGUCCCUUGCCCCCACCUGCUGGCUGCCCUGGGCCUGGCGGGCCACCCCUCUCUAUGCAAACACGUCAAAGCCAUGAAUGCUGGAAUCCAAAACUGACAAGGUUUAUUUUUUUCAGAGCCAGUGGCUGGUCUUCCAUUUACAGUGUCACUAUUCCUUGACGGAGCAGUUAAGGGCCACUCUCGCGAAGGCCCGAGCCGGCGAUGCUUGGCCUAAUUGUUCAGCGUCAAGAUGGCAGCUGACGCGGCGCCCUAGGUGUGGCCGUGUGGUCUGGUAUACGUGCUGCAAAAUUCACCCGAUUCCCCUUCAUUUUAAUUUUUCUAACCUAGAGCUUCAUUUCAAUAAUAACUUUUAGGAUACUUCUAAAUUUUUAUUUUGGCACAAGCGUAAAGACUGAUAAUACCCUCUCCCAUUAUUUUCAUAAGUAACCCAGAUUCCCUGAUUUUUAAGAACUAAAAAUAUCUCUAAACCUUUCUUAUGUAUACAGCAUCCCUAUAAUAUUUAGGGAGAGGUGGGCAAUAAACGUCCUGUAAUGACAGUGUUUGGAAUUUCUUUAUGGCUGGAAGUGGAUCAUGAACAAGACCACGUCCAGUGUUUUUAACGCGAAUGUAAAUGGAACAGCAGCCCAAGCCGCUGUCUGUGUGCUCCAGAGGUGCUACCUGGAAACAGGGACCAACUCCACAUGUGUGUUAAGUGUUUGACUCCAGCUAAGACCGCCCCCCCCCCCGACCAAUCCUGAAUGUUCCCAAUGCAGAGGACUCAGCUGGGAAAGGUUUUUAAUCUCAAGGUCAUUGUUUUCUGUUUUCCUGGCUGAGUCACAAGGAAAGAGAUGAAGGUGUCUGAUGUGUGUGGACAAUUUCAGAAAAUGCUACCAGCAAGGGAGCUUUCCCCUCUCCACUGCAUUCUUCAGGGGAUCAUUUUAAGAAAGUACUAGCAACAUUGAUUCUACUCUGUUCCUGUUGGUUUGUGAGCCAGUGGGAGUGUCAGGGCUGGGAAUAUGGUGUGAUGAAAUAGGAGAUGAAAAAUGAGUAGCUCAAAGAUCUCAUUCAUUGUUAAUGGGCCACUGUGCUGGGUACAGGCUCCCUGGAGUAACCCACAUCCCUACCCUCAAGGGGCUCACAGUCGAGAACACUCCCUAGUCGGAAGUCUUGGGAAGUUGUGCUAAUUUAUUGUUGGAUUGGUUGGUUGUUUUCCCUUGUCCUCCAUCCUCCUUCCUGUCACUGUUUCCCCCUUUCUGCCUUGGCCCUCUUUAUUGAUUUCCAGGACCAAGUCCUGGCUUCAUGCUGUGCUUCUGAGAUGGGGCUCCAUUCAGAAUGGGGAGGAGGGGUGAGCUCUGUGUGUCCAUAGAGGCCCAGUAGGAAAAAGGAAGCCCUUUCCUCCUCACCAGGAGCAGAGCAGGUUUAUGAACGCCUGGAGUGAAACUCUCGCAUGUCCUGCCAUGACUAGGGGUGGAUCCAGAUUUUGAAGGGCUUCAUUGUGGCCAUUCAAAAGGCAAAUCGGCCUGUACCUAAGGCCCAUGUGGGCUGCAAGUGACUUGGCUUUAGGGGGAUUGUAUGUCUGAGAGGUCUGCAGUUGGGUUGAAGUGUGACCUUUAAGAUAGCCUCCGUCAGCUAACACAUUUCUGAAGAUGAGGCUCAGUGACCCAGCGGAUUCACUGGGUAUAUAAGAAAUGGAGACUCCUGGUUUGUGGGGCAAUCUGGGGACGCUGAGUGGACAUUUCUGCCACCCAUCUACCACAGUCUGUGGGCUGCACCCCAGGCACACUGGAAUGCCAGGAUUGUGGCUGGUUACUGGCCUGCGGGUACGGGGCUUCCCAGCAUCUCUGGGGAGACCUGUCACUGUUAAAUAUUCUGGGGUCUGAGAUGCUCCCACAGGUCCCAUUGGCUUUAGGGAGCCUGACUGCCCAUCUCUCUCUUUGCUGCUUGUGUUUGGAACUUUAUCAUCUUUAGCUGAGACCAAAUUAGUCCUGGGAGCACAAGGUGAGCUUAAAACGUGCUAUCAUUUAACAAGCUCCCCAGCCCGGGAUGUGAGCCCUGUCUGUGGGAUCUGAUGUGCCACUCCUUUUCAGAAUCCUCUUUUAGCAUUAUUGGAGCUGUCAGCGGGCUUAUGCUGGCAUUUACUAUCAUGUCUUUCAUAAGCCAAGUUGAUUUGGGGGUAGAAUCAUGUAAUUUAUUGUCCAGACUGAGACUUUGCAGAGUAAAAGGAGGUCCUGUUAAUAAUUAUGCCAGAUCGACAGGUGUAAGCUGGAAUGGCCUAAGACACACCAGGCUGUACGGUGACCCCGGUGAUGGGUAACCUGAGCCUAGGUGGUUUGUAACUGUGCAGACUGACUGCAUAUAUGUUUCUGUAUGUCUGUGUGUGGAUGCUCAUUAAGUGGGGCUCCUAUUGCUGGGUAAGAGGCCCCAGAGAGGUGUGGCUUGCUCCUUUGUUAUGUUAACAAGCUUUUCUAAAACUGCUUCACUUGUUAAUUCAUUUAUUCCUUCAUACAUUGACUGUUUUUGUUCUUUUCCAUUCACUUUGUACUCUUUUUUUUUCCCAUUAAAUUUUGCAUUUA